CCCACCGUCUUUCAUAAUUUCAAGAUCAGGAAGUUAUAUAUCUCAAAAUUUGAGCCCUCAGCAGUCGCCGCCGUAUGCUGGCCAACUGGAAGGAGGGGCAGAGUAGUGCCUCUGAUCACCGCUUACAUAAUGUCCCUGUCGCUGGGUUCCAAGGUCCGGAAAUUGGUCACCAGCAGGCGGCACUUCCUGCUUCUGCGUCGAUCGCUGAACCAAGAUCUAACCACGGCGCUGAGGCCAUUCUACUUCGCUGUACAUCCGGACUUCUUUGCACAGCAUCCUGAGCAGCGGAACACUAACGAGAACUCGCUGAAAUUGCUUAGUGAACAUCUGGAGGCUUUAUAUGAACGCAGACAGCGAAGUGGCGACACCCAGGUGCUCAAGUUCUAUGUGCGCACCAGUUCCGAUGCGGAUAAAAGGGACUCCUUCAAGCUUAUCCAGAUCCGUACGGACUGGCAGAGCACCAGGGAUCCAAAGACCUUCAUUCAGGGUCUUCUGGAGUCCUGCAACCUGUCUACGGAAUUUGUCAGGAACAUCAAGGCGCAGCCAGAGCAGCCGAAGAGCUCUGGAUUGGAGUUUAAACCGGGCCAGGAUUACCAUUACGAUUCGGAGUUUGCCGAAUUUGAAUCUCGAUUGAAAAAUGACCGCGCUAGCAAGCGUCCGGUACUGACCACUUGGCUGGAUGGGAACGCAGACAUAGCAAAACAGCGUGCAAAGGAAACCGCCGACCUGCAGGCGGAGAUUGACAAGCUGCAGAAGGUGCUGGUGGAGAAACUGGAGUUGCAGGAUGCCCGCUACGAGUGUGGUUGGAACAUCGAGCACUAUCGUGGCUGCCUAAAAACCCUCGAGCGACUGGCCAACACUCACCUAAAGGAAAUGUCUCCCCUAAAAGGUCGAAUUGUGGUAUUUGCCCCCUUUACUGGCAUUAGCUUAGAGGGUCAUGUGAUGCUCUUCACCGGCGAUGUGCUGAACACGUGGAUUGACUUCAUCAAGAACAUUCCGCAUCAUGAUGCUUAUUUAAAAGUAGUGCCCGUCUACGAACGGACACUUUCUCAGGUUCUACUGGAGAUUCAGAUUGGUCGUCGGAAGUUUAUGCCCAAGCAGCAGGCGAGGGGAUACGCAAGCUACCUCAUGAAGGUGACCACUUCGCUUAGUGAUUACAUAGGCAAGCAAAAAUACCCGGCGGAAUGGCCGAAAACGCUCAAGGAGUUCACCAUCGUGGUGGAAUCGGAGGCUGGUCCACUGAUGGUCAGUCCCACAGGUCAGUUCAUCACACCAGCCACUUGUCCGGGUUCCAUACUAGUGGACUUUAUUAGCGUUAACAUGGAACUGGCUAGAGAACGAAUGAAGAAGUACGCCCAGGACAAGCACGUCGAGCAGGAGCUAAUGGACUCGUGCACGAAGCAGCUGCAGCUGCAAUCCCUGACCAAAGAUGAUGCCGUAACGCCGGAUAAGAUGAUUACCGCCCUGAGGGACUUGUCCCAGCUGCAGGUGGAGCAACUGCAGGGAGGGAAGCUGCACAUAACCCACUACUAUUCGGUACUGACCGACGGCGUUGUGUGCAUACCCUGGGAUUUUAAGCAGAAGUAGUUGGAUUUUCUCAUGUGCCUUAUUAGUCAAAAUAAACAUAGCAAUAAUUUAUAGUUAUUGAGGCUGCACCACA